AUGAUUACUCAUCAUUUGUUUCUUUUCUUCCACGAAGCUCAAUUAUUUCUUAAAAUGAUUAAAAACUUUUGUUAUAGUCGAUUACAUCACGUUUUAUCGACAUCUUUUCGUCAGCAAUAUCGUUACUAUCAUGAAAAACUUCGACAAAGUUAUUAUUAUCAUGCCUCAUCUUUACCACUUUAUUAUCGAACAGCUGGUCAACGUUUAGAUGAUUUAACACAUCUAUUUCCAGAACAUGAAUGUUUUGUAUUUAAGAGUGAAAAUAACAAACGUUAUACAUACAAAUCAUUUAAAGAUGAAGUUGAUAGUAUUGCUCUAUCCUUACUUAAAUUAGGAUUUGAAAAAAAUGAUCGCCUAGGUGUUUGGUUACCAAAUACAUCUGAAAAUGUAAUGAUGACAUAUGCAUGUUCUAAACUUGGAAUUAUUAAAGUACAUAUUAAUCCAGCUUAUAUGGAUCGUGAGCUAGAUUAUUGCCUAAAUAAAGUUGGAUGUAAAGGAUUGGUUCUACAAUCAAAUAUAAAAAAAAUUGAUUGUUUAAAUAUUCUCAAAAAACUUAUACCAGAACUUGCAUAUUCAAAACCAAAUGAUAUGUCAUUAAUUUCAAAAUCUAUUCCGUCACUAAAACAUGUUAUUCUCAUAAAUGGAUCAUCUGUUAAAACUAAUAGUGAUGGUUUUCAUAGUUUUAAUGAUCUAUUGAAUAAAGGUGCAAAUGGAAGACACAGUGAUUUGUUUGAACGUCAGAAGUUAAUUAAUUGUGAUCAUCCAUUAUCAAUAUUCUUUACAUCAGGUACAACAGGACAUCCCAAAGCAGCAACAUUAACAAAUUUUAAUUUAAUAAAUAAUGGUCAUAUAUUUAAACACCUUUAUCCCGAUUCUUCAAUGUCAAAAACAUGCUGUCCAAUACCAUUAUUUCAUAUAUUUGGUGAAGUUUUUGGAACAUUAAAUAUUAUUAAUGAUAAAUUUACAACAGUUUUUCCUGCAAUUUUACCGGAUACACUGGCAACGAUCAAAGCAAUUCAUGAAGAAAAAUGCACAUCGUUAAUUGGCGCUCCCAUUAUAUUUCAAGACAUAUAUUCAUACGCUGAUCGUAGACAAUAUAAUUUAAGUUCAUUAUUAUUUGCAAUUAUUGGCGCUGCUCCAUCGUCACCACAAUUAUUAGACACAUUAGAGCAAAAACUACCAAUCAAACGAAUUGCACAAGGCUAUGGAAUGACAGAAACCUCGGCUACAGCAACCAUGAGUAUUUUUGCCCACGAUGAUAAGAAAAAAAGAUUUGGUUCAGUAGGUAAAGCCAUGCCUCAUCUAGAAGUUAAAUUAGUCAACAACAAUGGUGAAACGGUGCCAAUUGGCGAAGAAGGUGAAAUCUAUGUGAGAGGCUAUAGUGUAAUGAAAGGAUAUUGGGGCGAUGAAGAGAAAACACGUGAAACUCUAACAGACACUCACUGGUUAAAGACGGGUGACGUGGCUACUAUGGAUGAAAAUGGAUAUUUAUAUUUUCGAUCAAGACAAAAGGAUUUGGUAAUUAUUGGUGGAAUCAAUGUAUAUCCGGUUGAAGUCGAACAUACGCUUGCUGAACAUCCAAAAAUAGCUCAAGCGCAAGUUUUUGGCGUACCAGAUAAACGUUAUGGUGAACAAUUAUGUGCAUGGAUUAAAUUAAAACAAAAUUAUGGUGAAAAUGAUGUUAGUAUUGAAGACAUAAAAGCAUUUUUAUCUGAACGGGUGGCUUUCUUUAAAAUUCCAAAGCAUAUUAAAAUUGUUGAUUCAUAUCAGCAGUAUACAACACCGACUGGUAAAGUUCAAAAAUAUAAAUUAACUGAAACAAUGGUAAAAGAACUGAAUAGUUGA